AGAAGCUCCUCGGAAGAGAGGAGCGAAAGUGUUGGGGGAAAGAAAGAGCCGAGCCGAGGCUGCCGGCUACAUCCAAGCUGCCAUGAUAGUCACACCUCUGUGCAGGAUAGCAUCAUCACAGAUGGCUGAGGCUGAACUUCACAAGGAGAGGCUCCAAGCCCUUGCAGAGAAAAGGAAAAGACAGUCAGAAAUAGAGGACAAAAGGAGACAGCUGGACGAUCUGGUGCUGCAGCUUCAACAUCUCAAGUCUAAAGCCAUGAGAGAGCGCUGGCUCCUACAAGGCACGACCCCUGGAACUAACGACGAAGACGAUGGACGAAGACAACAGCUGGAGAAAGACGAAGAGCAGGGGAAGAGACUGGAGGACUCUAUUGACAGGUUGGAGUCAGAGAUUGGUCUUUUGGAGAGCGAGGAGUGUCAGAUCUCAGCUAAAGAGCAGACCCUCAGGGAGAGACUGAGGAAGACAGAGAGGUCCAUAGAAGACCUACAGAAAAGUCUCCAGAAUGAGCAUGAUGCUGUGAGUAACGCCUCACCCCAGCUCCCCGACCAGCUCCCAGAGCAGCAGCCAGACAUCAGAGACUCCUCCACCACUUCUCUUCAUCAGGCCACAGCCUCAACAGCACCUGCCUCUGGGGAACAGCCAAAGAAACCUGCGAUGUACGCCAUGGAGAUCAACGUGGAGAAGGACAGAAAGACAGGGGACACCAGGAUCCUGUCAGCGUCUGCAGUCAGCCCUGACGAAGUGCCUGACUGCGGGGUCAAGGUUUUCGACGACGGCCGGAAUGUUGUCUACGAGGUCCGCUCGGGGGGGUCCUCUACCCUGGACAAUGGGGUUCACCACUGGAGCUCCCAACAGGUGGAUGAGCUGAUGAAGCGGGUCGGGGCGACCACCGGCUGUGCUCAGGGAGGCAAGGCUAAGGUCACUGUCAACCACACCGACGCUGAUGACCCCAAAACCUCCCCCAGGUCCAUUUACCACUCCGCUGACCUCCCUACCAACUACACCCCCUACACUACCCCCCCAGCUGUCCCUAGCUCUGCCACCACGGCCCACAAGAUUCCCCAGCCCCACGCUCCAAGCGCCCCUAUCACCACCCAGCCUCCAUCCUGCCGGGAGGUGAUAUACGGGGGUGAGGUGACGGAGGCUCCCCAGGCUACGGCAGAGAAGCCGAUCACGAUGAUCUUCAUGGGCAAUCAUAAUGUAGACGACCAGGAUGAGACCAAGAGGCUGCUGGGAUUCGACGGCACCAUCAAGGCUGAGAUCGUCCUGAUCGAUGAGGACGAUGAGAAGUCGCUACGGGAGAAAACGGUGACAGACGGUUACUCCACCAUGGACGGCAAUGCCGCCGACCUGGUGUCCGGCUCCCGGCCGCUCAGUGACACCACUGAACUGUCGUCGGAGGGGAAGGACGAGAGCUCUGCCACGGCCACCAAGGAACUCCCCUCCCCAGCAGGUAUAGAGAAGAAAGAGCGCUGCCACUGCUGUACUAUCAUGUGACCUCAUUACUUUAACUAAACUACCCACAACUCUCUGUUACUCUUGGGACUGCAGGGAGAGAGGAGCUCAUUGGUUAAUCAAGGCUCUGAUCUCCCUCCUCCCUAAACCCUCCUCCUCCUCCUCCUCCUAUUCCUCCUCACGGCUACUAACAGAACCUACCCUCUGACGCCUGGAACUUGGCUGCAUUGACAUCAUUCUUUUUAACUUUGACCUUUGACCCCCCCCUCCCCCCAGGAAAGUAAAGGCACUCUGUCACUCCCUUCAGUAGGACAACGGUGGAAGUUGAAGUUGCCCCGAAUAAAGGGUCAGUUUUAGAUUUUUAUGACUACAGAUGAAGGUCAGAAUUGGAUGAGGGGAAGCUGAUCCUAGAUCUGUACCUAGAGGAAACUGCACCUUAUUCCCUAUGUAACACAGUGCUUUUGACCAGAGCCUUGAGGGUAGAGAGGCCCUGACCUUGAUACAACACCAAAUAUGUUUUAUGUGAGGAUUUGUGUAAAACGUAGUGCACUAUAUAGGGAAUAGGGCUCUGGUCUAAAGUAGUGCACUAUAUAAGGAAUAGGGCUCUGGUCUAAAGUAGUGCACUAUAUAGGGAAUAGGGUGCAAUUUGGGAUAUAUCCUGAGAAGGGCAUUACUUAUGACCUUCUGUCUGUACUGUAAGAAACAUGAACAGUUAUCAUAAUUAACGAUAGGCACUGUACAUAAGCUCCUCAUCCGAACCAUGACAGAGUACAGGAGGGAACAAUCAGAGUAUAGGAGGGAACUCUACCAGGGUAUCAGAGUAUAGGAGGGAACUACCAGGGUAUUAGAGUAUAGGAGGGAACUCUGCCAGCGUAUCAGAGUAUAGGAGGGAACUACCAGGGUAUCAGAGUAUAGGAGGGAACUCUACCAGGGUAUCAGAGUAUAGGAGGGAACUACCAGGGUAUUAGAGUAUAGGAGGAAACUUUACCAGGGUAUCAGAGUAUAGGAGGGAACUAUUCUAGGGUAUCAGAGUAUAGGAGGGAACUCUUCUAGGGUAUCAGAGUAGAGGAGGGAACUACCAGGGUAUUAGCGUCUAGGAGGGAACUCUACCAGGGUAUCAGAGUAUAGGAGGGAACUACCAGGGUAUUAGAGUAUAGGAGGGAACUCUGCCAGCGUAUCAGAGUAUAGGAGGGAACUACCAGGGUAUCAGAGUAUAGGAGGGAACUCUACCAGGGUAUCAGAGUAUAGGAGGGAACUACCAGGGUAUUAGAGUAUAGGAGGAAACUUUACCAGGGUAUCAGAGUAUAGGAGGGAACUAUUCUAGGGUAUCAGAGUAUAGGAGGGAACUCUUCUAGGGUAUCAGAGUAUAGGAGGGAACUACCAGGGUAUUAGAGUAUAGGAGGGAACUCUACCAGGGUAUCAGAGUAUAGGAGGGAACUACCAGGGUAUCAGGGUAUUGGAGGGAACUCUGCCAGUGCAUCAGAGUAUAGGAGGGAACUACCAGGGUAUCAGAGUAUAGGAGGGAACUCUACCAGGGUAUCAGAGUAUACGAGGGAACAAUCAGAGUAUGUGAGGGAAAUUUACCAGGGUUUCAGAGUAUAGGAGGGAACUCUGCCAGCGUAUCAGAGUAUAGGAGGGAACUCUACUAGGGUAUCAGAGUAUAGGAGGGAACUACCAGAGUAUAGGAGGGAACUCUACCAGGGUAUCAGAGUAUAGGAGGGAACUCUACUAGGGUUUCAGAGUAUAGGAGGGAACUCUACCAGGGUAUCAGAGUGUAGGAGGGAACUCUACUAGGGUAUCAGAGUAUAGGAGGGAACUACCAGGGUAUCAGAGUAUAGGAGGGAACUACCAGGGUAAUAGAUUACAGGAGGGAACUCUACCAGGGUAUCAGAGUAUAGGAGGGAACAACCACGGUAUCAUAGUAUGGGAGGGAACUACCAGAGUAUCAGAGUAUAGGAGGGAACAACCACGGUAUCAUAGUAUAGGAGGGAACUACCAGAGUAUAGGAAGGAACUAUACCAGGGUAUCAGAGUAUAGGAGGGAACAACCACGGUAUCAUAGUAUAGGAGGGAACUACCAGAGUAUAGGAAGGAACUAUACCAGGGUAUCAGAGUAUAGGAGGGAACUACCAGAGUAUAGGAGGGAACUCUACCAGGGUAUCAGAGUAUAGAGGGAACUCUACCAGCGUAUCAGAGUAUAGGAGGGAACUCUACCAGAGUAUCAGAGUAUAGAGGGAACUCUACCAGCGUAUCAGAGUAUAGGAGGGAACUACCAGAGUAUAGGAGGGAACUCUACCAGGGUAUCAGAGUAUAGGAGGGAACUACCAGAGUAUAGGAGGGAACUCUACCAGGGUAUCAGAGUAUAGAGGGAACUCUACCAGCGUAUCAGAGUAUAGGAGGGAACUCUACCAGGGUAUCAGAGUAUAGAGGGAACUCUACCAGCGUAUCAGAGUAUAGGAGGGAACUCUACCAGGGUAUCAGAGUAUAGAGGGAACUCUACCAGCGUAUCAGAGUAUAGGAGGGAGCUCUAUUUGCAUAGCCCUACUGUCUCAGACAAAGUGAGAACAUGUCAUGUCUGACAUAGUGAGAACAUGUCUGACACAGUGAGAACAUGUCUAACACAGUGAGAACAUGUCUGACACAGUGAGAACAUGUCUGACACAGUGAGAACAUGUCUGAC